AUCAAAAUGUCAUAUUUAACGAAGGAACGUUCCUUAAAAGGGGACGUUUAUUUCUCCGUCCUUUGUUACACGUGGCGUCAUCUCCUCCAACAAGUCUUUUUCUCACACAAUGGAUUCUCGGAUUUUUCUCGCAUUUUCCUAUGUUUUCUCUUGAUUCUUCCUAAAUUCUCAUCUGCACCUACCCGCUUCUUCACUCGAUCGAGUAACAACAAAGAUGGGUCUGUGAUUAAGAUGAAAACGAGUGCUUCUUCUUUUGGUUUUGAUCCAACUCGUGUUACUCAACUCUCUUGGACUCCUAGAGCUUUUUUGUAUAAAGGGUUUCUUACUGAUGAGGAGUGUGAUCAUUUUAUCAAAUUAGUAUAGAAAUCUUUAAAUGCGAAAGGAAAGCUUGAGAAGUCAAUGGUGGCUGAUAAUGAUUUUGGUGAGAGUGUAGAGAGUGCAGUACAGACUAGUUCUGGAAUGUUUCUUUCUAAAAGACAGGAACCCGGGAGCACUGAUCCAGUACACACUGCCAUUUGUGUCUGUUGAUUUCAGCAGGAUGGCUGAUGCAUUCAAGACUAGUGUCUCUGGUCUAGAGAAGGAACUAGAAUCCCUGAUCACAGACAACCAGAUUCAGGUUGAGAAGAAAUGGUAGGACACAAGGUUGUGCAUGCCACACUGAAAGGCCCGAGUGUUGUCAAGGAAUUAGUUAUUGGUUUGACACUUGGUUUAGCUGCUGGUGGUCUCUGGAAGAUGCACCAUUGGAAUAAGCAGAGGAAAACCAGAUCUUUCUAUGAUUUGCUUGAGAGAGGUGAGAUCAGUGUUGUCGCUGCUGAAGAGUGAAUGGGACUGCCUCUACUCGCUCUCACUCUUAUUGUUGUUGUAAUUUUGUAACUUUGUAAUUUUUUUAAAUUAAAAAUACUAUGAAGGACCAAACUCUGAAGGACACCAA